AUGGCCUCGAGGCGCAGUGGCAGCCUUGUGCCCAGUUUGGCCCCUCGUACGACUCUUGCCCAGCGCACCCAGGGCAAAUUCACGCUUGCUGGGCCGGAUGAGACUCCCCAGCUUCGUUUGGCGCAAGAGCCCUUCGUGCAACCCGGCUAUGCAGACCUGAAUCCUUCAUAUGAGCAACCAUCCAACGCCAGGCCCGUGUGGUCUUUGGCCAAGCCAUUGCCUCGUGUGGUGCGACCUGGCAUGGUUCCGACCAAGGAAGAGCUUCUCCAGAAUCUCGCCAAUGCUCAACGCCCAACGGAGAACUCGCAGAAAAUAGGACUGGAUGUCAAUGCCAAUGAUCUUGAGCAAGGUCGGAUCGACAAGACCACUGACCCGCGGAAGAUGGCCGCCCAGGUCGAAGACGCCCGUCUGCAGCGAGAGAACAACUUCAUGAACAAGAUUCUCACCGGCGAUGGAACCUCUAUGCGGCAGACCUCGCGCAUGUCACGCACCUCGUCGACCCGAGGCCGACGCCCUUCCGGCUGGGGUGUCCCCCAAGAUCAACUGUCGACUGUGCAAGAAGGUGACUCUCAGGACAACGACGAACCAGAUGAGCGGCCCGCGGGUGAUGAGCACAUGGAUACUAUCCCCGAGAAUGUCGAUUUGGGCGAGAGACUGGAUGAACUCUUGGAUGCCCCCGAGCUGGAAAAGGCCGGAUAUCCAGAGGAUCUGCACCCUCUUGUCCAAGAGCUCGUCGAGGAUGAAGUGCACAACAACCACACCACCUGGUCUGUCAUUCGUACUCACCACCGCGAGGCAUUGGCCGAGGCCCUUGGUGUCUUCGUCCAGUUGACUAUGGGCUUCUGCGUUGACUUGUCCGUCACCAUCAACAACCAGGGUAACCCCAACACAACCGACUGGGCUUGGGGUCUAGCCACCAUGAUGGCCAUCUACAUUUCUGGUGGUGUUUCCGGUGCGCACCUCAACCCCGUCGUUACCAUGGUCCUCUGGUUCUUCCGUGGUUUCCCCAAAUCCAAGAUGCCCGAGUACUUUGCCGCUCAGUUCCUCGCUGCCUUCUGCGCAGGGCUGGCCGCGUAUGGUAUCUACUACCAAGCCAUCGACCAUUAUCUUAUCACCAACGCAGACACGGGUGUCAUCAACAGCUUUGUGACAAACGCACGCGAGACGUGGGUUGGUCCGGGAACCGCAUUCUUCAAUGAGUUCAUGGGAACGGCCUUCUUGAUCGUGACGGUGCUGGCCCUGGGUGAUGACCAGAACGCUCCCCCCGGUGCCGGUAUGAACUCGUUGAUUAUUGGAUUGGUUAUCACCUGUCUGAGUAUGUGCUUUGCUUACCAGACUGGCGCGGCCUUCAACCCGAGUCGUGACUUCGGACCUCGUCUUGCUUUGCUUGCUGUUGGUUUCCCGAGUACUAUGUUCACUGACCCAUACUGGUUCUAUGGGCCUUGGGCUGGCGCGCUGAGCGGUGGUUUCAUGGGCGCUUUCUUGUAUGACUUCUUCAUCUUCACUGGUGGUGAAUCCCCAGUCAACUACCCUCUUGAGCGAACUCAGCGCGCGUUCGCCAAGAGUGGAAUGAAGUGGAAGCGUCGCUUGCAUCUUUCGCCUUAG